UAUGGCCACUGCACACUGGACUAGACGCGAUGGGCGACGAACGACAUCCAAUGAGAGCUCUGCUAGGGAUAGAGACGCUUGGAAAAGCAGAGCUCUCAUUGGAUGUCGACUCCAGUGUGCAGUGGCCAUCUGCGAGAACAGCAGACGACAAAACUCGAAGCAGUCGUGUUGUGUGGUAGCGCAUAUUACUCGGACCGUUUCCUCGACAGACAUGAUAGAGAAUCUCGCAGCAAAAUUAUGUUCACUUCUAUCAGAAAAUGCCAAUACAGCUGAGCAAUGGAAGCUACUGGGGCAAGAAAAGGAUGGAUCGAUACUCGUCGGAUGGACGGAAGAAGCAAGGAAGGAUGGAUGGACUGUACUGUGUACUGUAAUUGGUUGUUACGACCAGAUUAACAAUGAGUUACAGAUAUUGCACCGUUUUCCGGAAGUAUUAAACAUUGUUCAAGCUACGGUCAAUCAGAGUCACACGCUAAUGGGAUAUGUAACGAAACAAAAGAGCCAUUCAGAAACGACAGAUUCUCCGAAAAUGCAAUGCACGGAUCAUGAUGGCGUCAUUAAUGAGGGAGAAUUCUAUAGAGUAUUCAUUGUUGAAUUGACAACUGAAAAUAAGACAGUACACAAUUUGGAGGUAGAGAGAUCUAAACAAGUACGAAUACAGUUUUUGUACAGGGAAAAAGAACAGUCCGAUGUGGAUAAAUUUUUGGUAUUAAUACAUCAUGAAUGUAUUCUGAUAUAUACCGCUCAACUUGACACAUCAUCAAGUGACUCGCAAUCAAUGAAGGAACUGAAGUCCGAAGUGCUCGUAAAGGCAUUCAUAUGGGCUCAAUGGGACAUGAUCAACCAGGUUCUCUAUCACAUACAUCAUCGACGAAUUUCCGCAAGCGUGAUUACCGAAGGUGACGAUGAAAGCAAUUGCAAGUCUUCUAAACCAACACUCAGUGGUCUUCAAUUUCAUGACGAUUUACCGCACGAAACCGUGCUGAAUAUCCCAUUAAAUUUACCACAAUUGUCACCGUCCUUUAGCUGUGGAACUUACGAGGACGACGUUAUACCUCUGCGAGUACACGAUUGUUCCCUAGAUCUCAUAGUAGUUUCCGACUCCAAGGGGAUAGUCUGCGUUUGUCACUAUUACCUUUAUCGGCCUGUCCAGCCACCGCAGCACGUGCUCAACUCCUUGAGCGAGUCCAACACGGUGCACUUCGCGUACUCGGUGACGCUGUUGCAUCACAGCUGCGUGAUCCAUUGCGUCAUACCAGGUAUACCAUGGUCGCGCGCGAAGCUGAUGCGACCGACGUUCGCGAUCUACGAGAACCAUCACAUGAUAGUGCUCGUCCCGGGAUUGUUUGCGCAUCUCCUCGAGAUUGGCAUGAAUCAUGAGCCCUGCUGCCACAUCCUGUGCAAUCCGCUGCCGUCGGUCCCGCCCCGCGUUUCUUACUUGGUACCUUUGCUCGACCUGGACGGCAGUAGCAAGAAAACAAAAAAGAAUAAUUCAGACGCAAAGAUCAAUAAUCAUUCGGAGGGGAACGGAUCAGUCGCAAGCUCCAGCACGAGCAUAUCGACAAUCGAUUUGCCCACUAUGGACCUCGUGCAGUUAACGGUUCCUACGGACUUCCUCAUUGAGGUUUUCCGCAGGGAGACCUCGCUCGAGAUACGUCUGGGAAUACUUCAUUAUUUCCUCUGUCACAAAAAUGACAUGGAAGUUAUCGCGGAAUUGGUAUCCAUCGUUGCGGAGAAGCCGCGCUCGUUAGAUAUCGCGCGCUUCAUGCAAGAGAUACUUAUAGGCAGUUCCUACGCUCUGGUACAAAAGAAUCUUCUCGCGGACACCGUUUCCUUACUAUCGCUGUUGCCUGUUACCACAAUUGGGGAUUACAUGACCUUCGAUAUAAAGAUGAAUGAUCUGAAUAUCACGUUGAGCCAUGAGAAACUCUGGAACACGUCGGUAAUGUUACUCUCGCCGCAGCAGCGACUCGUUCCUUAUCGCAGUGAUCUGUGGACUAGACUGUGGGAUCAGCUCAGUAGAAAUGGCAGCGAUAAAUCGAGAUUUAAACCUAGCCACAUCGCGGAGAAAUUGCUAGUGUCUUUAGCUUGUUAUCAACCGGAAGCGUUAUCGAGGUGCAGCACUCCAAUGUCGCCGAGUGGAGGAUUUGUUGCAGUAUCAUUUGGAGACUUUUUGGGCAAUCGGAACAUUAAACUGGACUCAAGCUUGCCGUUUAAUGAGACAGAAAGCUGCACCGCCUCGAAACAAGAGCAUAUUGUGUCGGUUAAUCUGCGAGAGCUCUCAAUGUAUCUCUUGAAGAAUGGCACACACACGUCUACGAUGCACCCGCGAAGCUCGUGUACUCCGUUGCACGUUCACGCCAUGGCCACGAGAUACGUGGCUGCGCAGUUGGAAGCGUCGCGCAUACUGUGUCAGAUACUCUGCAGAGCGGCUGGCGUCGAUCCAAGAAUCGAGCAGGAACGUGGCUUUAAUCUCAUAGAUCAACUGGAUGAGGCACGACGGUGGUUGCUGUUUGUACUUUUGCAGCGCUACAGAUACUCCAUAGAAAGUAUCGCUUUUCCGGCGCCGCAGGGAUUCGCAUCGUUUUUCACUUAUCUCGGCUACCGCACUCUUAAGUAUUCCAUGUUUCUGCAGUACAUUCAGCGUUCAGUAUUCGAACUCCAAAUUGACGUUACUAAGAUUAUUUUAGCUGAUAUAAGCGAUACGAAAGAAAAUGUCGUUCAAAAAUUGGCACUGUUAUCGCUGCUGCCCAGAUCUCGCGGAAAAAGACUCCUGAAUCAAUGGCUACAUCCAGUUAGCUUGAUGUUGCGAGCUAGAGAACACGCUGCUAACAUUCUGUGCGGCGAAGUAUCUCAAAGUCGAACCGGUACUCGAUCCUUACAACAUCGUACUCAUCACAACAGUUUGGCAGCUUUUCCCUCCGCAGACCGUUUAUCGCCGUUAGAUACCUUUUUGGAUUUGCUUACGGCAAAAGCCAGUCUUACGGAACUAGAUUUUGGAUUGUUGAUAGAAGCAACGGUAACAUCGACAGAGGACUUUCUCUAAUGAUGGUGCUACAGUAGCCAGGCGCAUGAGCGAAAAAGCGGCUGGUGGCACAGUGUGUCAUUUCAGUUGAUCGUGGUCAGUUGUAAUUGUACAUAUUUAUCCUGUUGAUUGUAUCAAGGUUGGACAAG